CCAACAGUCUUCUUGGUCGUAAAAAAUCUUCAUCUCUUCUAAGCUAAGCAUAAAGCAAAGAACUAAAAAAUGGCAGAGACCCUUCGCAUGGCUGUUGCUGUUCUUGGCAAUGCUGCCUCAGUGUCACUUUAUGCUGCACCAAUGGUCACGUUUAAAAGGGUGAUAAGGAAGAAAAGCACAGAGGAGUUUUCAUGCAUCCCUUACAUCAUUGGACUGUUGAACUGUCUCCUCUUCACUUGGUAUGGAUUGCCUUUUGUUAGCAACAAGUGGGAAAAUUUCCCUCUCGUCACGGUUAAUGGCGUCGGUAUCGCUCUUGAGUUGUCUUAUGUUCUCAUAUACUUCUGGUUCGCUUCCUCCAAAGGAAAGGUGAAGGUAGCCAUGAUCACGAUUCCAGUUCUGCUUGUGUUCUGCAUAACUGCUGUGGUAUCAGUUUUUGCCUUCCAUGAUAGUACUCACAAAAAGCUACUUGUGGGUAGCUUAGGCUUAGGUGUUUCCGUUGCAAUGUACGGAUCUCCUCUGGUAGCAAUGAAGAAGGUUGUACAAACAAAGAGUGUGGAGUUCAUGCCACUACCAUUAUCCAUAUGCACAUGUUUUGCUAGUACACUCUGGUUAACUUAUGGGAUCCUCAUUCGUGAUAUUUUUGUUGCGGGGCCAAGUGUGGUUGGAGUUCCAUUAGCCAUACUUCAGAUAGUCCUUCACUGCAAAUACCGUAAGAGGAGUGUUGCUGAAGAACCAAACAAAAGGGACAUGGAAAAGGGUAACUUGGAGAAGGUGGACAUUGAAAUUGGGGAAGUGGAAAAGGAUGUCACAAAUCAUCAUGAUAAGGCCAACUCGUGAACAAAAGUUAUGGGGAGUGAUGUGGAAAAGGUUGAAGAGAUUUCAGAAUGUUCUAUUCAGAUUCCUUCUUUUGUGUUUGUUUCUCUGUAUUACCAAAUUUUAUCUACUUAGCUACAUCUAGAUGUAUUAACCCCAUAAAAUUCACUCGUAGUUCUUAAUAAAUUCCUUCUUUUAUUGACCAUAA